AUGGCGGUUUCUGCAGUGAAUUCGACUGACAGUUCGGCUUCCAGCUCAGCCCAUGCACGCCACCACCUGUCGCAAUUGAAUACCGCAUGCUCGGCGUUGUCUAGAGGGUCAUUGCAGUCGACACAGUGCGGCUGCUCUUACUUUCCGGAUCCUGCAGAGGUAAAACCCGAAGCAACCAUGACCGGAGAGAAAUUGGGUCAAAUGGAAAUCGACCUAGCCGAAUCCUCUCGAACACCAUGUCGCCAAGUCGGGGAUGAGUCUCUUCGUCCAGCUUCCGGGGUCAUCCGCCUUCACUGCAUCCCAUCUCGCCUGCCAUUUUGCGAUAGUUACUUUUCUGAUUUCUUCUUUGGUUGCAACAAUUCGCCCCCCUCGCCUUGCUAG